AUGGCCGCCGGUCAGGAAGCCGUCUCGUUUGAUGCGAUUAUCCAAGCCGAUCGCAAGAAAAGACGGAAUGAGGAGCUUGCAAACCAGCUCCUCGGCAAAAAGAGAACAACCAACACCGCCACUAAAGCUGCAGGCAAGACGCAGAAUGUGAAGCCGGGAAACCUGGCGAGCCGGAUAGGUGUGGCAAAGCGCUCCGUGUCGGCCACUCUCCCUUCGAAAGCGAAUCCCCCGAGCUCAGCACCCGCGCGACAGGGUCCCCGGUCGGGCGCAAGACCCACGAAUAGACGCCGUCCUGACGAGAACCGCCUACUCUCUGCCCUCAAUCCCGAAAGCGGGCAAGCCAACGUGCGGAAUGGAGUUGGGAUGACCAUCAAGGGGGUGGGAUCAGGGCCUUUUGUCGUUGUCGGGAGCAACUUCGCGCCUGGAACCACUGCGGCCGAUAUCCAGUCGGCGCUUGAACCCGUCUCGGGCAAGAUAUUACGCUGCUGGAUCACUUCGCAACAUCCGGCUGUUACGGCGGAGAUUACAUUUGCAGAAAAGCAAGCCGCCGAGAGUGCCAUUGCCAACUUCCAUAACCAGAGGGCCGAUGGUCGGAUCCUCUCCUUGCGCCUGAAGCAACCUGCAGCGAAUCCCAAUCAAGAUUUGUUCGAGCGCCCUACCAAGCCCACCUUCCAGGCCCCCGAGUCUUCCUUCAGUGACUUCCGGGAACAAGCCGAUCGCGAUCGCCGCUUGCAUCGUUCAGCCGACCCAUCUGUUCAGGACGGGAGGCGCGCCGUGAGGCAGCUUCUCAGCAAACGCCCCAAACAGACUCUCUUACUGAAAUCGCAACGAUGGUCUUCGUCUUCACCUUCAUCUUCUGCGUCCACCUUUGAAACAAGACAAUGGUCGACACCACUAGCCCAAACACUCGCCAAUGCGAUCAAAGUAACAGGUCCCAUCCCCAUCGCCGCAUUUAUGCGCCAGGUCCUCACAAACCCUGAAGGAGGCUAUUACACGACGCGACCCGAAGGCGACGGCGAAGUAUUCGGCAAGAAAGGCGACUUCGUCACCUCGCCUGAGAUCUCCCAGGUCUUCGGAGAACUGGUGGGCAUCUGGACAAUUGCGGAAUGGAUGGCGCAGGGACGCAAGCGCAGCGGGGUUCAGCUUAUGGAGGUUGGACCGGGCAAGGGAACCUUGAUGGAUGAUAUGUUGCGCACAUUCCGGAACUUCAAGAGCUUUACGUCGAGCAUCGAGGCGAUAUACCUGGUUGAAGCGAGUGCUACGCUGAGGGAGGUCCAGAAGAAGUUGCUGUGCGGGGAUGCGGUCAUGGAGGAGACGGAUAUUGGCCACAGAAGUACGAGCAAGUACUUUGAUGUGCCGGUCAUUUGGGUUGAGGAUAUUAGGCUGUUACCGCAUGAAGAGGACAAGACACCCUUCAUAUUCGCCCACGAAUUCUUCGACGCUCUCCCCAUCCACGCCUUCGAAUCCAUCCCCCCUUCUCCAGAGAACCAACCCGCCGAACAGAAGGAAAUCAUGACCCCUACCGGGCCAGCCAAACUCCACCAGCCCUUGAAACCAGCCAACACGCCACAAUGGCGUGAGCUCAUGGUCACCCUGAACCCGAAAGCCGUGGAAGAGAACCAGGAAGGCGAGCCCGAGUUCAAGCUCACUCUCGCCAAAGCAUCCACUCCCUCGUCCUUGGUCAUCCCGGAGAUCUCUCCGCGCUACCGCGCCCUCAAAUCCCAGCCCGGCUCCACCAUCGAGGUCAGCCCGGAGAGUCGCAUCUACGCGUCUGACUUUGCGCGCCGUAUCGGUGGUGCAUCGCAGCCGCCUCGGACGGUCACGAAGGGUGCAGCUGCUGCGCCGGCCCCCGCGAAGCGCGUGUCCUCUGGUGCGGCUCUGAUCAUGGAUUACGGAACCCUCUCGACUAUCCCGAUUAACUCCCUGCGCGGAAUCCGGGAACACAAGAACGUGCCGCCGCUUUCGGCGCCGGGACAGGUGGAUGUCAGCGCGGAUGUCGAUUUCACGGGUUUGGCGGAGGCGGCGAUUGAGGCUAGUGAGGGCGUGGAAGUACAUGGGCCAGUCGAGCAGGGCGAUUUCCUGCAGGCCAUGGGCAUUGAGGAGCGCAUGCAGCAGCUGCUGAAGAGAGUUCAGGACGAGGAAAAGCGGAAGACGCUGGAAACCGGAUGGAAGAGACUGGUGGAGAAGGGCGGCGGCGGUAUGGGUAAGAUUUAUAAAGUGAUGGCCAUUGUUCCUGAAAAUAAUGGGAAGCGUCGUCCCAUUGGUUUUGGGGGUGGGAUUGUGGCAGAUAUAUGA